GUUGAGUCACACCUUGGAUCGACCGGGGUAUUCCAGAGGUGGGGGUUUAAUGUUGAAAUCUCUCAGAAAUACUGAUAAGUAUUGUAUCGUGUGUGUGAUACAUGACAGCUAUAGAUUAUGUUUUUGCUUUGACUGAAUAUUGUUAUGCCGUUUGUUUCAUAUUCGUUUUGUAUUUAUGAUUUUUCAACCGUGUAUUUGAUACCCCUUUUAACACACAUUACUGAGCCGCCUCCUCUUUGAUCUGUUCAUUUUUUUAAAACAUUGCUAUGGCGUAUCGUAGAGUUUUGGCAGGGACAAUUGCUUCUAAAUGCUUCCUUUAUACAUACGACAUGAAUUGUAUCUUUAGAUGGAAGCUAUUUAAUUCUGUUACUUUUGUGUUUUUGUGUUGCGUUCCAAGACAGUAUAUCAAAAUUAUGACUAUCUGCGUCUUGGAACAUACACCUGAUAUUAUCAAUUAAUUGAACAAUUGUUAUUACAUCGUUGCCUAUGUCACAUAAGGAUUGGGGUACCGACUCUGAGGGAGGGGGUAGAAUUGCAUUGGAGUCUGUUGUCUUGCCUGUUGCCUACUCUUUUAAAAAGUUGGGAUCUAGAAAACCUUUUGUUUAGGUAUCUUGGAGCACUGCCUUUGUAAUUAUGGGUGGUGGUCCAGGGUUUUUUUCUAUCCCCUUCAUGGUCUGAAGUAGCUUAAUUCUCGGGGGUGCUGCUACAUUUUGUCUAGCCUCAUCAACCAUUAUUUCAAGGGCUUGAUCAUCUAUUUGUUGCUCUUUGCAGUUUUGGUGCUACAUUUAUGCACGUAAUAGUUAUAGUUUGAUAGUUGAUAUGAGGUCUUGGUUGCUUUUGGCGGUUCUCAGCGAGUGGGAUCAGCUUCUUGCAUUCAUUUUUUAAUUGCUUGGUUUUUUAUGCCCGCGAAUGUGGGCAUAUUAAAAUCGCACUGUCGUUCCGUGUGUGUGCGUGCGUGCGUGCGUGCGUGCGUGUGGGCUUUACUUAGCGAGGUACAUCAUAGUAUUACACACAUACAUAGCGUUUAAAAACCUAUGUAGCUUGGAAAGAUGGGGCACCUCAUGAUGUUGAUGUCAGACUGUGUGUGGGUCCUCUGAAGCUGACACCUCUGACACAAAUUUUAACCAUAUUGAGAUGUGUCGCGCUUAUGACCCGGGUCUCUCGGGUCAAGGUCACAAAAUGAUGUGUGAUUUUUUUUCGUGUCCGGUCCAUAUCUUUUUGGCAGAUGGAGGGAUUUUGAAAUAAGUUUGCACAAAUGUUCAUCUAAUCCCAAGGGUGUGUCGUGUUAAUAACCCGGAUCCCUUGGGUCAAGGUCAAGGUCAGAAUUUGACAUAUCGGUUUUGUGAUAUUUUUUUGUCGUGUCCAAUCCAUAUUAUUUUGGCACAUGGGGAUUUUAAAAUAGGUCUGCACAAAUAUUCAUUUAAUCCCAAGGAUGUGUCGCGUCAAUGACCCGGAUCUCUUGGGUCAAGGUCAAGGUCACAAUUUGACAUAUCGGUUAUCUGCAUGCAAUCGUUUUUGUUUUUAUUGUUUAUAUAUGGAUUUAGAAGUCAUUUUGUGCAAAUAACUAUUUUAGCUUGAGAAUAUGCCGCGUGCAUAUGCUGAAUGCAUGAUCCAUAAAAGUGUAAACAAAUGACAAAAAUGCCAGUCACUGAUUUUUAAAAAAUACAAUUACAAUAUAGGAGACAGUACAGAUAGGGAUAAAAUGGUAUUCAAUUUUUUUAGCAAAAUACUAAGUUCUUUACGACACCAAUAUAUACAAAAAAUCAUUCUAACUUACGAUUGCUACCAUUCCCCAAAUGAAAUACAAUCCAUUGUCAAUAUUUGUUAAAGGGAUUUCCUAUGUGUAGACUUUGAAUGAAGCGUUCCAUCAACCAUCAUGUCUACCAUAGAGAAGAUGAGCAUUUUGGGAAUCCGAAGUUUCGGUCCGGAGGAAAAGGAUAAACAAACGAUCCAAUUCUGCAAGCCUCUGACACUGAUACUUGGACCAAAUGGAACAGGAAAGACUACUAUUAUUGAGUGUUUGAAGUAUAUGACAACAGGUGUUAUGCCACCCGGUUCCAGUAGAGGCGGAGCUUUUAUCCAUGAUCCAAAGGUUGCUCAUGAGAGGGAGGUCAGAGGUCAAGUGCAACUACUCUUCCAUGAUGUAACAGGCAAAUCUGUUUCUGUAAAGAGAUCAUUGACAGCUACACAGAAGGGAAAGAAAGUCGAAAUGAAAACUUUAGAUGGAGUUAUAACACGACUGAAUGCAGCUGGUGAGAAACGGGGCAUCAUAUCUAAAAGUGCUGAUAUUGAUAGAGAGAUGAUUACCUCCCUUGGAGUGUCAAAGCCUGUCCUGGAGAAUGUGAUAUUUUGUCAUCAGGAAGAUGCUAACUGGCCACUCGGCGAAGGAAAACAAUUGAAAGAAAAGUUUGAUGCUUUGUUUGCUUCAACAAGAUAUGUGAAAGCUCUAGACAGCAUAAAGAAAACCAAAAAAGAACAGGAUGGCAAGUUAAAGGAAUUCAAAAUUGAGCUUCCGCAUUUGAAUGAAAAUAAGAAAAAAGCGCAUCAGCUUGAGUGUGAUUUAACAGAACAAGAGGCAAAACGGGAAGCUUAUAAAGAUUGCGUGAACAAAGUGGACAGUCAGCUUAAACUUAAAGAGGAAAAGUGGAACAAAAUGGAUAAACAGUCAGCUAAAAUCAGGAAAAUCGACCAGUAUGGCAGUGAGAAGAAACUGAUACAGAAGCAUGCUGCCGAACUUCAGGAACAGAUAGAAGAAAUAGUCCAAGGGUCUGAUGAAAAGUUGAAGAAGAUGUUGUCAGACUUUGAAAAAAAGCUUAUGGAGACAAAAACAAAACUGCAGGAGUUUAAAGACAAGCAGUCAUGUUUGAACUCACAAAAAGAGAGUCUAGAUGAAGGGAAAUCCGCUGUAUUGGUAGAACUUGGAAAACUAGAGCAAGAGGCAGAGCAUCAGCAAGAAAAUAUAGUAAAGAGAGAUCAAAAGAUUAAACAGUAUGCAGAUGAAUAUAGUUUUGAAGGUUUAACAGGUGCUAUAACAGAAGAGAAGUACAAACUUUUCUUGAAGAAAAUUCAGGAUAAACGGGAGUCUAUGAUGGAGGAGACCAGACUAAAAAGGACUGAAUUUGAAGAGGAGGAGGAAGUGAUACUGCAGAAGAUUGGUGAAUUGAGAGAUACCAAGACAAAACUGGAACAGAAUGAGAAAAUAAAGAGGGAUAUGAUGACAGUCAACCAAGACAAGAUUAAGGAGAUCAAGAAAAAGCUGAGUGCAGCUUCAGGUGGCAGACUGGAUCAGAUUAAGGGAGAACUGAAAAGACAUGAGCAUGACCUUCAAACCCAGGAGUCCUCGGUCAACACAGAUGAACUUAAGCAAGAAAUAUUAAAAUUGUCAAAGGAAAAGUUGAGCAUGGAGGCGAAAAUAAAUGACUGCAAUUCAGAGAUGAACAGACUUUAUUUACAGUCAAACACCCGAACAGAACUGGACUUACUAAUGAAAGAUAAAGCUUCAAAGGAAGAGAACAUCAGAAAGCUGAUAGACAAACAUAAAGACACAGUCAAGCAUCUUCUUGUUAAUGCGCCAAGCAAAAAUAUCCAUGGUAAACUAGAAGAUUAUAUCAG